UGCCCUAAUUUUUGUUGAACUUAGCAUUUACCAAUGGCUUCAAUGUCUUCCCAUGGAUCAGCUGGUACAUGGACUGUAAAGCAAAACAAGGCCUUUGAGCAGGCAUUGGCAGUGUAUGAUCAAGACACACCUGACCGAUGGCUGAAUGUUGCGAAGGCUGUUCCGGGGAAAACUGUCGAGGAGGUCGAAAGGCAUUAUGCACUUCUUGUCGAGGAUGUUAAGUUCAUUGAGUCGGGUCAAGUUCCCUUUCCCUAUCGAACCUCUGGAGGAGGUACCCAAGGAUGAGAAACAUGAAGCUCCACCAUUGUGAUGGUGAAGUAAUGGAGAAUAAAAGAAGGAAAGAAGAACGAACCUUUUUGUCUAAUAUGAUACCUAAUAUUAUUGAUUGGCGUCAAGCUCUAUGUUAAUUGUUAUCAACCAUCGAUUUUGGGAGGGAAAGAU